AUGGAGGGCUUGGUGGACACUUUGCGAGAGAGAGAAGACUAUCACAAGCCUGGAGGAGAGAAAGUAGAAAGGGCUGGUGGUCGCCAGAGAAUUCGGGUGGCGGCGAACAAGACUGCCGUGGACGAAAAGGUGCCGGAGAAAGAUUGUAUCGGUGAAGACUCUGUGAUCGUUGUUGAUGAUUCGUCUUUGGAAUUAGAAAUCGCAAAGAUUCGUGGAAGAUGGGAACUGGCAUCUGUUCUCAAUUUUCUGACCCUCUUUGAGCCACUUAUGGGUAGUGAUUUGAAGUUAACGGCAGAGGAGAUCGAGAUUGGUCUUGUUACGCCCAACAGUUCGCUUACUCAACUUCACAUUAAGCUAUUGAAGGUUUCUGAUUCUUAUCAUUAUGAAUGGGGUGAUACUGUGUCUGGUUAUGUGCCUAGAUAUGUUUAUAAUCAUAUUGAUUGUUUUACAACCAUCUUAUCUGCUUGGUACUUCUGUUGUUUCGUUUUAAACUCUGGUAUAACCUAUGCUUUCUGUCCACAGCAAAGUGAUGCUGUAUCAUAUAUUAAUGACUCUUUGAAAAAAGGAACUGAAAUGUCCUGUUUCCGCAAAGAUAAGAUUGGGGGAGAUGGAAAUGCAACCUCUUACUGGUGCGAUGGAAAUGCAGUUGUUGGCCAUAGAUUGUAUAAGGAAGUAAAGAAGAUUGAGACAAAGUCAAAAAAGAAGGGGAAAAACUCUAAUAAUCUACUGGCUAUCUCCCUUCAGUGGGAAACCAUAGCAACCAAUCUUAAGGAAUUUCGAGAAGUUGUGGAUAAACUUUCAUCUAGCAAGAUUGUGGGAGAAAUUGCUGUUGGCAAAACUAUUGAAACCAAAUUUCUCCCUGUUGUUGAGAAAUUUCAGAAUAAGAAAGAAAGGGCACUCAAACAAAAAGAGAGGUAAGAAAGGCUCCUGAAUGAUUUUAGAUCCUAUGAGACUGGGAUUACUUGUUCCGGCCGCAGUCGAAGGCCUGUUAGUUACACAUUUGAUGAGUAUGAUCUUGUGAUUGAUGAGGCUUUAGAAAUAACAAAGAAAAGGAAGACAGAGCAAAGGAACGAGAAGAAGCAUAUUUAGCAGGAAAAAUUUCUGUCUGAUGGCGAUUCAGACACAGGUGCAGACUUGAAAGACAGUCAUAUGGAAAAUAGUGAUUCAGACAUGGGGACAGACUUAAAAGAUGAAAAUAUUAAAAAUGGUGAAUCCUCGGACAGUGAAUCUCAAAUUCAACAAAAUAAUACUGAUGAUGACGAUGGUGAUGAUGAUUAUGACGGCAAAAGUAGUAAUAAUGAUAAUGGCAAUGAAUCUGGCAAUUCUGGUGAGGAAAAGGACGUACUUUGUGACAGGAACUGUUCAGAAGCGUAUACGUCACAAUGUAGUAAAAGGCUGGCUGGAGUUAUGAACCAUCCUGUUAUGGAAACGAGCAACUUGGCUACAAAGAAUAGGUUGAGGCAGAGACCCACUUGUAACUCUACACUUGAUUCUAUUGUUCCAGAUUCAGAGGAUGAAAAAUUGUCAGAAAACACAAAAGGUGAGACGUCUGAAGGCGAAGUUUUAUCACCUGAAGCUAAUUCAGAAGAGUCCAUUGAUGGUUAGUAACUUAUAAACUGAAGGAAAUUUUGGUGCACAUUUGAAAAUGUUGUGGAAAUAUAUUAUUCUCCUAGUCCAGACUGUA